AGGGGUAGUUUUGACCUUUCUCCCCCCAAUCUUGUAGUAUUAGCGAUUUUCUUUCUUCUCCUUUACCUCUCGCCGUUAAACCCAAAACCCUGUUAACUUUCCUCCGCCAUUAACAAUGGUGAAAACUAAAGCUCAAUCAAAGAAGCAGCAAAAACGUGGUGUUGAUUUCAAAAAAAUAAGAAGGAAGAUUGGAAGAAAAUUGCCUCCUGCACAGAAUGCAACAAACACUGAAAUCAAAUCCAAAGCAAUUAUUCUACCUGAGCAAAGUGUAGCUUCAGAGAAGGCUGGUUUAGCUGUGAGCAAGAAAGGUUUAACCUUGAAAGAGCUUCUUCAGCAAACAAGUCAUCACAAUGCAAAAGUUCGUAAAGAUGCAUUACUCGGAAUUAGAGACGUUCUUCUUAAAUUCCCAGCUGAAUUGAAACUGCAUAAGCUUGCUGUUAUUGAGAAACUGCGGGAACGUAUCAGUGAUGAUGAUAAGUUGGUCCGUGAAACACUCUAUCAACUACUCAAAUCAGUUAUUUUUCCUGGCUGUAAAGAGGAUAAUAAGGGGCCAAUUAAUUCCUUGAUGAUGACAUAUAUAUUUAAUGGGAUGACACACAUGGCUAUUGAAGUGCGGUUGAUGGCUUUCAAAUUUUUUGAUCUCUUGAUCCAGUAUUUUCCAUCUUCCUUUUUGCUGUAUGCUGAAAAGAUUCUCCAGAACUAUGAGGACAUUCUGCAGAAGAACAAAUUUUACUUGCAAGACAAGGGCAGGCUAAAGAACGCCCUUGCUGGGUUGGUUCGCUGCUUGUCACUGUUACCGUGUAGUAAUCAGGGAGAAGGUGAUUCCUUAAGUAACAAGGAUGCAACUCGGGCUAGCUUGCAUGCUUUUGAUCUUGAUCUGUCCGAUAAAUCUACUGAUUUUUCUGGUGUUGUCAACAAAUUAACAGAUCUCUUGCCCGUUCUAGUUAGCUCGUUCCAGGACUUUAGUCCGUUAAUCCACUCCACGGACCAUUUAGAUGCACAAUCCUUCGAUUGUAUUUUGUUUUUACUUCAAAGCAUUGAUCUUGUGGUCAGGUUCUUGGAUCAUGUGCCUGGCAAAAAUCAACACAACUUCCAAAAUCUGCCACCUGCUUACCAGAAAAACAACCUCGGUAUAUGUGACCAAAGUAUAUCAGCAGUGACUUUAAAAAAAUUAUGGGAUGAGUUUCCUUUAAGUCCGAAUGAUUGCAUGUCAGAGAAGGACGGCGAUCGAUACUUCAUGUUGAAUAUUGUGAUUACAGAAAUAUUUUUGCAUCUAAGUUAUGGGUCCAAAUUAUCCCCUGCGUUGUUGGAAAGAUUUCUGGAGUUCAUCGAGAGUUCUCUAUCUGAAAAGAUUUGCAAUGGCAGAGAGGCUGGUAAAGUACAUCAUGAGAAGCAUUUAAUUUCACUGGUUGCUUUUAUCCCAAAACUCAUUAUGCAAGUGUCUGUUGCUUGGAAGUCUCGUAUCCUUCAGGCUUUUACGACAGUUUUUGAGGAAUGCAGUCCAGAAUCCUCAAUGAAAUUGGCUUGCCUUUCUGCUGUUGAGGAAAUGCUACUUCCUGAGCAGAAUUGCAUCUAUCUGGAUCCUGAAGAUCUUGAAAUAUUUAAUCAUAGUACAUGGAUAAGGGAGCUUCCAAAGCUGUUAGUCCUCUUAGGUGAUAAACACCCAUUACAUGCAAAGUCUGUGUUACGUCUUCAACUUCGUGCUGGACAAGCUGCUAAAUUGAACUAUCAACUGGCAGAAGAAUAUGACAAUAUGAAGUACAUUAGAGAUUUUUACUGCACCUACCGCAGUGGAAUUGUAAGCUAUGGUCCGUUCAUGAGGCUUCCUAGAGACAUUCAGGAGCUCUCUGUAUGCUGCCUGUAUUACUUCCCUUUCUUGGACAAGGAGCUACUUCAAUCUUUAGCCUCAUGUUGCAUAUGUCACGAGUUGGAACCAUUUAUCCUUUUCCGAAUCAUGGAAGUUCUACACGCAGCCUACAAGGCUGGCCAUAUUCAGAUUGCAGAUUACAUUAGCUUCUUGAUCACUUUGCUUUCACGCUUUCAAGUUUAUCCCGAGAAAAUCUAUCCUACCGACAAGCACGAAGGGAAGUCAAAUCGUGGAACCUUCAAAUCAGUUGUUAGGGCUGUUUGUUCUUGCUUGUCACAGAUUGGAGAUGAUGUGCUUGUUUUGCAGAUGCUUGAGAAAAUUGUUCUUGAUGAGAUAUUUCACAAACGACCAGUAGACAACGUAUAUGGUUUUAUAAGAUUGCUUAUCUCACUAGACUCAAAACCUUCUAGACUUUCUGAACAAGCUGUCAAUAGACUAAUUGAGGUCCUUCCGGAGUACUUCUUAGGUGUUGUGAAUAACAUUCCAGAGGAAAAUGACGAGGCUACUAAAUUAUUGAUUCGACGGACAAGGCAUUAUUACUUCCUUCCAUGUUUUUUCCUAUUUGAUAGGAACCACAUGCUGUUAAGUCGGAUACUGAAAGUGAUGGAAUCAUUCAUCAGGGGAAAAGUUUCAUCACUUCCGCCUCAUCAGAAUGGUGCCUUGACGAAGGAUCAUUCAAGCAGAAUUCUUUCAAUAGUCUCCGUUCUCUUACUUAUGCAUGGAGAUAUUAAGAUGCAGAAACUUCUCAAGUCAUGCAAGAUGGAGAUUAGAAAUAUAUUAGAAAGCAUGCGCACACUAGAGUCUUCCGAGGAUAUUACAAUGAAAAUUGAAGAAAGACAUAAAAUUCGAAGUGCUUAUGAUAGACUGACUGCAGCCGUUAGCACAUUGGAAUACGACUAACCUGGAAAUGCGUAGCUGAGACUCGAUGCAGUUCAUGGUAAAAGAGAUCGACUGUGCGAUAUCAUCCAAUUUUCUUUGAUGACAUCUAAAAGCUAAAGCUCAACGAUUGAGCGGAGAAACUAUGUGACGCCUUUGGCAGUUUGGCAGACGGAAUUCAGUACGCUAUAAGAAAUCCAAUUGUAUUCUUCCAAACGCGAGAGACAUCUCUGUCAAUGGUGAACAUCACAAGAGCUACUAACAGUGUAAGCUGUGUCGUCUGAGACUCUAUCCAACCUCUACUCGAGUGAUUAUACACAUGCUAUUAUUUGGCGAUUUUGGUUUUUCCUAUAUGCUGUUUUGGGACAUACAUAGCAACUACAGUCGAGAAUACAUCUCAUACGGAUUUGAUGUAGUCACCGCCAUAUAUUUGGCAUUCACGUUUGUGGUUUUGUAUUUUAGCUGUAACGCGAAAAUUAAGCUACGAGCUGUUCUUCAGGCUGUCUGUGCGAUGAAUUGUACAAGUAAAUAUUAGAGUAAAAAGUAUCUUCUUAAAGAUGUAAUGCAAUAACUAUAUAAUAUAUCUUGGCUGUUGUUAAAAUGGUCCAGUAAUGCUUCUAUUAUG